CGAGACUCGAGAGAGAGAGAGAGAGAGAGAGAGAGAGAGAGAGAGAGAGAGAGAGAGAGAGAGAGAGAGAGAGAGAGAGCAAUGAGCAUCAUCGCAGGCUCCUACGAGAGAUUCAUAUGGGGUUUCAAGCUCAAACCCACAAACCACGACGCCGACACUCAAACCCUAACCCUCUCCCCUCUCUUCUCCUACCCUUCCCACAUCUCCUCCAUCACCACCGUCGCUUGCUCCGGUCCCGCCGCCGCUUCCGGCGGCUCCGACGACACGAUCCACCUCUACGACCUCCCUUCCGCCUCCUCCCUCGGCUCUCUCCUCGACCACAACCACGCCGCUUCCAUCACCGCCCUCUCCUUCUACACCCCCUCCUCCCUCUCCUUCCCUCGCAAUCUCAUCUCCGCCGCCGCCGACGGCUCCGUCGCCAUCUUCGACACGGACCCUUUCGUCCUCCUCAAGUCCUUUCGUCCUCACAAGAAGGCCGUCAACGAUCUAUCGAUUCACCCUUCCGGGAAGCUCGCCUUGGCUGUGUACCGUGACGAGUGCUUUGCGAUGUUGAACCUCGUGAGAGGGAAGAGGAGUUUUUGUUGUAGGUUGGGGCACGAGGCGAGUCUUGUCAAGUUUGAUCCGAGUGGGGAGAGGUUCUUCAUGGUGGUGAAUAGUAAAGUUGGUGUUCAUCAGUCUGAGGAUGCUAAGCUUCUUCUCGAGCUUGAUAAUGGUAGCCGUAAGCGUAUACUCUGUGCUUCUCCUGGAGAUAGUGGGACUCUGUUUACAGCUGGUGAGGAUCGGGCUAUAACAGCUUGGGACACAAAUAGCGGGAAGCUUGCUUAUUCCAUACAAGACGCUCACCCAGCUCGUAUCAAGGGUGUUGUCACGCUUACAAGGAAUGAAAGUGACGGUUCAUCGGAAGAUCCGUACUUGGUUGCUUCUGCAUCUUCUGAUGGGAUCAUACGUGUUUGGGACAUGCGAAUGGCUGCUAAAGAGAGUGCAAAACCAUUAGCCGAGACAAACACUAAAUCGAGGCUUACUUGUCUUGCCGGGUCAGCUCUUAAAUCUAUGAGACGGCCACAGAUUGGAAAUCGAAAGCCUCAGAAGCUAGAAGAAGAGCCCAACUCAGAAUGAGAGCUGCUUAUUGACGACGACUAGUGGAAAGCUUUUGAGCUGACAAUUUUCUUUUAUAAGUUUUUGUAGAAUAAUGAUCCACUAUGUCCUUGUCGAAUUACAAUUAAACAAUUUUGUGAAACCCUUAAUGAUCCACUAUUUAUAAUUCACAUGAGUUAUGGCA